AUGUCAAUGAAUGCAAAUUCUACAAUGGCUACCGAAGGAAGGAAAAAUAAAGACACUCUUUCAGAUUUGGAAUGUCUUCGAGCUAUCUUGGUGCGGAACCUGCCAUCAGAUGUCACCAAAGUGCUGUUGCAGUGCCUUUUCCCAGAAGCAUCAGAGAUUAAAUUGAAUGUCGACAGAUAUGGGAAAUACAACCGGAGAUCAAGCAUCAUCAUCUUUCCCAAAGUCAGUCAUGCUCUAUAUUAUGCUGACCAAGACCGUUCUAUCAAAUUGGACCGGAACCUCUUAUCCAUUCAGAGCUUGGUCCACUCUGAAUCUUCAACCUCCAGCAAAAAGGAUCAGGAAUCUGUACCUGCCCCUAAAGAGAGAGACAGAGAAUGGAGCCGUGACAAAGACCGUAGACGUGACAAAGACCGUAGACGUGACAAAGACCGUAGCCAUGACAAAGAGCAUAGCCGCGACAAAGACCGUACCCGAGAUCGCCCUAGUCAGGAUAGCCGUGAUAACAAUCAUCCCAGAACUUCCUACAGUCACCAUAGCUCUGGGCAUAGGUCAGCGGUCCCUCGUUCUCAUUCUAAACUUGGAGAUGAGCAUGAGAGCCAUCGUGAUGCACAUUCACGUCCUCACACCAGUCGGCAUGAAGACUACUUACAUAGAUCAAGUGAUGAUAAAGACAAGCUGAUAUUGGUAAAAAAUCUUCCACUGUCUGUGAACAAAUCUACAGUCUUUUCUAUCAUUCCCAAUGCCAAAGAUCUUAUCAUUAGCAUUGAUCAGUCAAGAGAAAACUCAGCAGUUUGUGUGGUUGAAUUUUUCACAGACAAAGAAGCUGAAGCAUUUCUCAGAAAAGGUCGUCGUAUCAAGCUUGAUCGACAUGUGCUGACAGUGGAACCUUAUAGAAAUGACAGGGCUGGUCAAGAACUAGAUUUAGAUUUGCAAACCCGCAGCCAAAGUCCAACUGCAUCUCGGCGACACAUUAGGAAUUCCCCUUCCUAUCGACUACCUCAACACCGAAGUCGGAGUCCCCUACCACGGCGCAGGAGUCCACAAGUUCACUCAACUGAAAGACCAAGAAGUCCUCUGUUUCCGUCUGCUGCUCAAUCUGUUCAUUCUUCAAAUUUGCAAAACAGACCAGCACUCCUUCGUAAUGACAGAUACCAUUACAUUGCCAACAAAUCAGCAACCAAGAAUCAAGAAGAAAAUGAAAUGGUAAAAGCGGGAGGAGACAGGAGGUUUGUUUCCCUCACCAGCAGAGUUGAUGAACAGUUCAAUUCUAAGCAGUGGGAUAGAUAUUUUGAUAAUAUUCAGCAAGAAGAACAUGAUAAAUUUUCAGAUAAACAAUCUAAUACAAAAGUGAAUGAUAUAUUUAACCAGUUUAAGGACCAAGCCAAGAAAUUUGCCUCUGAGAACCCAGAUUCAGCACGUGCAUUAAAUGAACUACUGGUUGCCCUGGGACACACCAACAAAACAAAUCUUAGUCCGUCCUUUUUUAACUCAUUGGACGAUUUACAAAAGGCAUUCAACCCUGAAGACAAGCUACGCUCAGGCAGCUGGUGCCAAGAUGAUUUUGACUUCAGGUCUGCAGAUUCUCACAGAAGUGGAGCUGGCAGAAAAGUUGACCCGAAGCUCUCAAGUUUCUUGGACAUCCACAAACUGUCAUCAGUACUGGAGCAAGUUAAAGACUUAAGCCAGAAUCUUGGUAUAUUGUCCAAGCUCUCAAAAUUGGCCAAACAUCUCAAGGCAGAUAAGACUGAUAGUAAUACCAUUGCCAUGGCAUUGUCUGCCUUAGAGAACCUGGUUUCUAAGACUAUAUGGUCAAAUUCUAGUCAUCUGCAAGAUGAUUCCAGGACAAAUCCCUGCUAUAAUAACCAGUCCCAGAAGUAUGAUACGGACCAGCGCUUCUCUCCAUUGCCAGAUGAUAAUUACUACAAUGCAGCGGAAAAUGUAGACUUGCAGAAUGAACAGAAGUACAUGGCCAUUGACUAUCAUCACCAGAAACCUGCAGAUAAUAUGGAGACACGUGAUCGGUCUUCUCGUUCCCCUUACAGAAACGAAAGUUAUCAUCGUAGUCAGUAUGAUGACACACAUGGAUUCAAAAGCCGGCACAGGCAGGAUAAUGAGGCAACCAGUCAGUCAGGCCACAGGAGUGGGCACAAACAUGAACAGUACAAUCAGAUGUCACAGCCAUUUGAGCAGUCAUUUCAUGACAACAAUAAUUGGCAUCAAAAUUCAGGAGUGGGAAACCAGAUGGGACCACGUGACCCAAAAGAGUUUGGUCUCAUGGAUCAUGAUGACCGGGUGCGGCCUGGCAUGAGUGGUCCAAAUAAAUUUUCUCAUGAUACAGACAGUCGAUAUAACCAAAUGCCUGAUAUGAAUCAGGAUGCUGGUUACUAUCCUGACCAUGGUGGUAAUAGUUAUGACGAGAGUCAGGAUAACUUGUCUCGACUAGAUGAUGGUCAGCACUAUCCUCAAGACCAACCACCCCAUGCAGAAACAGAUGACAUGGACUCUGAUGCAUUUGAUCGGGAUAAGCCUAUGGGCUGGCGUUACUAUUCCAUGGGGCUGAGAACUUUCAGAUGGACAUGA